UCGGGGCGAACCGAAGAGGGGCUCGGCGCCUUCCGCAUGUACAAGUGCUAGCCCAGGCAGGAGGGAGCGCCUUGGCGGAGGAAUCAAGGAAGAAGGGGGAGGGAGAGGCACGCCAGAAUCUCAGUCCUGGGCGCCUCGAUCGGCCACGGAGGAGCUGCAGCCUCCAACAGGAAUUUGUGCAUCUCUGACAUGCUGUCUGCUCUGCUCAGUGACUGAAGGCCCCUGUAUCCCAGCUCAGCCAGGAAGCAAAGGUUGGCACAUCGCCCCGAGCCAGGCCAGCCAGGAGCGCUGCAUGCAAAUUCCGCCUUAUUCUAGGGCAAGCUAACCAGAGCCAGCGGCAUGGACUUCGUCAUGAAGCAAGCCCUCGGAGGGGCCACCAAGGACAUGGGGAAGAUGCUGGGAGGCGAGGAGGAGAAGGACCCCGACGCGCAGAAGAAGGAGGAGGAGCGGCAGGAGGCCCUGCGGCAGCAGGAGGAGGAGCGCAAAGCCAAGCACGCGCGCAUGGAGGCCGAGCGCGAGAAGGUCCGGCAGCAGAUCCGAGACAAGUACGGGCUAAAGAAGAAGGAGGAGAAGGAAGCCGAGGAGAAGGCAGCCCUGGAGCAACCCUGUGAGGGAAGCCUGACCCGGCCCAAGAAGGCAAUCCCUGCAGGCUGUGGGGACGAGGAGGAGGAGGAAGAGGAGAGCAUCCUGGACACGGUGCUCAAAUACCUGCCUGGGCCACUGCAGGACAUGUUCAAGAAGUAACCGGCCUCCUGCCCCCUCCCCACUCCACUUGUUACUAUUUUUUUUGUUGUUGUUCUUUCUUUUCUUUUAAUUCCGUUAAGUCUCAGUUCUGAAGGGGAAAACCUCAGUUGGCCUCUGCCCCCCUUCCCUGGCCAGGGGCUCCUCCCCCUCAGCUCUCCCUGACACCUCCCCUUCAUCCCAGGGUAUCCAGCCCCAGCCCAAUCCCAAGUAGCUUGAAAAGAAGACAGCUUUUCCCCAGCAGGGGGCCUUGAACCUGGGGCCGAAGGCACUGGGGUCCCCUCAGGAAGCCUAAGACCUAUGCUAGUAUGAUAACCCCCAUACAUUCCUUCAUGCUCCCCACUGCCAGGAGGACCACUGUCCCCAGCCAGCCAAAGUAAUGAAACAUUCCAGCCCUGCCCAGCAUGCUGACCUUUGGCCUCUGACCACCAGUGGGCCUCAGGUCAGGGCAGGGGCACAGAGUGGCCUGGCUCUGAGAGAGUUAGGGUAAGCCCGCCCUGUGAGGACCCAGCCUGAGAGGCCCCGGGUCUAGCCAGGCUAGGGUCUAGACAGGAGGCUGGGGCUCUCCUUCUUCCCUCUUCCUGUUGACACCCAGCCCAGGAGCACCUCUUCCCCAAUUCCCACCCAGAGAGGGAUGUCCCCUGCCAAGCUGGUCCCUCCAAAUGGAUCCUCUUUGGACUUUAGCUCAUCUAUGGAGGAGCCCCAGAGUAGGGGCAGCCCCUUGUUCCCCCCUCCCCACCCCACUUAGUUCCUGGGACCCCACUGCCAGGUUGGGUCCAGGUUGCCCAGCCAAGGGGCUGCCCAGGCCCCCAGAAAACACUUGGAGCCAUCGGGCAGCAAUGGUCUAUACCAUGGGACCCCCCCUAUUGGUGUGGCCAAGCUGCCCCCAUUCCUAUCCACCCCUUUUCCCCACCAUGUCUUGUCCAUGUGCUUCCAGGGCCCCAUGGUCCCCAAGAGGACCCUUCCUGGCCAAAGCCCCAAGCCUUUGGGGAGAAGCCAAUUCCCACUUGAGACACUGGCCAAGAACAAACUGUCCUCUGGGAUGUAUGGGACUGGCAUUUCUCACCCCCCCUCCCCAUCCUAAAUUGCCAAGGCUUCCUGCUCAGUCAGUUGUGUGAGAAUGGGGUGGGGUGGGGUGGGGGUGGGGAGGGGGAGGGCAAAUGAAGGUGGGAAGUGUGUGUCCAUGCACGCAUGCCAGUGCGCACAGAGACUGCAUCAGUGGUUGUGUGUCCAGACAAUGUACACAUGUGUGUGCUUAGGGGGUGUGUGUCUCAUUGUGUACGUUAGUCAUCAUAUCUCUGUGUUAGAGAUUGCGUAUGUCAGGCAGCCUUGCGUAUGUGUUUGAAGUGGUGAGUUUGAGCUGAGAUUGUGUCAUACGUGAGUGCUAGCCAUCUCAUGUGUGUUUAGAGAUUGCACGUGUUAGCUUGAAUAUGCAUGUGUUUUCAAAAUGGCAUGUGUGUCAGGAGCGAUAAGCAUGUGUUAGAUGUUGUAGACGUGUGUGUUUGAGAGAAUUGUCACAUGUACUUAGGCUGCUGUGUGCAUGUGUGUGGGUCUGAAAAGGCAGCUGUGUGCAUGGACAUGUGCUUGGGGAGAAAAAACAUGGGUAAGAUGCCCCCUCCCAGCCCUGAGACCAUUGCUCACAGGUGGCCACAUCUCACAGGAGACCUUGUCCUUGGCCUAGAGUCCUCUCACCCUUGGGGGGUUCCUGCCUGAGGACCUCAGAAUUUCACUGAGACAGACCCAGGCAGCACCCCAGGAAGCCAUGCUGGGCCCCAACCAGGGCCUAUCUCAAAAGCAGGGACUAGGGAGGGGGGCGACUUGCCUUCCCCUGAAGCCCCUGCCCUAUUGGCCCCAGUUUGCAUUCUGCGGGUUUUCCAUUUUAGUGGAUUUAUGCUUUUAUUUCAGAGAGAGACAUGUGUCUUCUCUGUCCGUUUCCAAUAGUUAAAGCCAUAUCAGUUAGACUGCAAUACUUUUAAGAUGAGACAAAACAAUCCAUAUGUUUAGUGAACCAGAAAAGUCCCCAGGUCUGUCCCUUCUCUGGGGAGCAGGGCCUCAGCAGCUCCAGCUCCCUGGACUUACCCUCGUCCCCCGCCCCCUCCCCUUGUGCCCCUUGCGCCCCGGUGUCCCACCCUCCAGGGACCUGUGUCCGUGUCUGUGCCUGUGUCUAUGAUGGGGAGCCACCUUGCACCCUGUUGUCUGCUUGUCUGUGUCUGUUAUCCUGGGCAGGAUGGUCAUUCUCAAGAGCCAUGGGGUCCUGGGCCAGAGACAGACAAGGCCCCAUCCAGGGGUCCCCAAGUCUCCUAGACCCCAUGUGUGAGCCCCACUUUGACACAGGGGUGGACACCAAGUGUUUAGAGAAGUCUCCCCCUUGACAGGGGCCCCUGGACCUCGAAGGUGAUGCCAGGGCACAGAGAGUGCCAGAUGGGUAGCAGAGACCAAGGCCCAGGGUGCUUCAGAUAGGCAAGGAAACUCAGCCAUACAGAUACCCCAGGUGAGCCUGAGGGAUCCCAGACCCUCAGAAGGUAUCCCUGGUCUUCUCCGCAGCCCCUCUGGGCUCCCAGAGUGGGCUCAGGGCUUUUCAGCGCCAUCCCAGUGCCCUCCAGCUGGCUGGCUUAGUCCAGGUACACAUCUUGGACUCUUUCCUUCUGCUCCUGGGCAGCAGGGCUUGAGGUCUUCCUGGACGCAGGGGCAGGGAGAGAAUUUCUGCCGGGCACAUACCUGACUCCAACCACCAUCAAGAGAUAACUCUCAGGUCCAGGGGGACACAAUGACUGUCAUUUCUGACAUGGACCUGACUGGGGAGAAUUUAUGUGUGGCCCAGAGAGGAUGCAUGUGUGCCAAUACACUGGUGGGGGACAAAAUGCAUGCAGGGUGCUCUAGCAGGGAAAGGGGUGGACCUUGGACAUGAGGUAUAUAUGACCCACUGGAUGGGAGGGGAAUGAGUGUGUCACACACAAGUGGGACAGUGUGCAUGUGACACAUUUAGGGGAGGAGAGGCCCUAGAAUUCAACCCACACACAGCACAUAAGAAACAAUCCCCAGCUGGGGGAAUAGGGAGAAGUGGUCAUAUGUAUUUGGGUGAAAACAGAGUGAGACAGGAGGAGGUGUGGACCACCCCUCCCCCCCCCACAUGGGCAUGUGUGCUUGCUGGGAAGGCCCCCAGGCUCCUGUGCCUGGGAUUCACUGCCAGAGAGGAGAAAGAGGGAGUCUCUGGAUCUCCCUGUGCUAGGCACUGGUGAUGGGCCGGGAUUUCCAAACGUGGACGUCGUCCACUCCAGGUCCAGGAGCUUCUGGAAGGUGUCCUUAACUGCAAAGCUGUGUUGGGUGCUCCUCCAAAUGAAAGUGGGAAGUGAAGAGGCCCUCCCAGAUUGUGUGUGGGAGAGAGAAAGAGAACGGGAAAGAAAGACAGGUGUUGCAGUCUAGGCCCUCUCAGGUGAGGCAGCUGGUGAGCAAAGCAGCCCCUCUGAAAGGCUGUGGCCAGAGUAAAUGGGGACUCCCCAUCCCUAAGAGCCCCCGGCACCCAGCUGGCAGGGUGCCCAGCCCUGCUACCCACCUGCCCCAUCCUUCUCUGGUUUCACAGUCCCCUGACUGCACAGGGAGGCAGGGGGUGAGGGUCAGACAGUCUCAGAUGGGCGUUGUUUCCCAGGCCUGAGCACAUGCUUCCCACCAAAUGUCCCCUGCUCCAGUCCCCACUCCUGUUGCCCUACCCUCUUCACUGGGGAGAGAACAGGAGGUACUCGUGCUGGCCCUGGGGUGGGAGUGGGGAGUCCUAGCAAGACCCAGGCGAGACUGACCAUCCUGCUCACGCGGGGGAACUCCUUUCCUACAUUUGUGACGUGUCCUUGUUGCGCUGCUUCCUUUAAAUGUGUCAGUGCCUGGGGGGAGGGGAGGGGAACCACCUCAAACCCCCCUGAACCUGACCAAAAGCCAUGGCUGUUGCUCCCCCCUUUGUAUGACACAAAGGCUACCAUGUACAAAACCAACCAUGACAACAAAGGAAAAGACCUUGUACAGCA